GUUUUCCUCGCGUCCUAAUAUCCGAUCCUCAACACGUACGCUUGCAUUCGCACUCGUAGUGAAGAUCUGAAUCUCUGUGUUGUAACGACGAUCCAUCUAGUGGCCUCAGGAACGCAUUCGUUUUGGCAUCAUGGCAGACAGUUCCGACGAGGAGUGCCCAGAGCUGGUUGCCACGGUGACCACCAAGAUACCAGUCACCAUUAUUACUGGUUUCCUUGGGGCCGGGAAGACGACGCUCUUGAACUACAUUCUGACUGAGCAGCACGACAAGAAGAUCGCUGUCAUUCUGAACGAGUUUGGAGAAGGCAGCGCUGUGGAGAAGUCCAUGUCGAUUGGCCAAUCAGGUGAGCUCUACGAGGAGUGGUUGGAGCUGCGCAACGGUUGCCUCUGCUGUUCUGUCAAGGAUAACGGUGUAAAAGCAAUUGAGAACCUGAUGUUGAAGAGAGGAAAAUUUGACUACAUUCUUCUAGAGACCACAGGUCUGGCCGACCCAGGGCCCAUCGCCUCAAUAUUCUGGCUGGACGACGAACUGGGAAGCGACAUAUACCUAGAUGGCAUUGUGGUAGUAGUUGACGCCAAGUACGGCCCGCGACACCUUGACGAAGUCAAACCGGACGGGGUUAUCAAUGAAGCCAUCAGACAAGUGGCAUUGGCGGAUCUCGUUCUUCUCAACAAGACCGACUUGGUUACCAAGGAAGAACUUAGCGAUGUCAACAGACAGAUCAGGUCGAUAAACAGUCUUGCAAAAUUAGUGGAGACGCAGAGAUCAAAGAUAGAUUUAGAUAUGAUUUUAGAUCUCCACGCGUACGACAGCAAAGGCGAGAAAAGUGGGCUAGAAGUUCUACAAGAUAGGGGUCUGGAAAAGACCAUCGUAUCUGAAGGUUCCAGUCAUCAUUUAGACCCCUCGGUUACCACGGUGACGCUGCCUCUGAAGGGCAGCAUAGCGUCCAAAGAGCUGGACACCUUUAUGCAGGAUCUACUCUGGGAAAAGAGUAUCGUCGACGAACAGAAUCGGCCAAUGGAAAUUCUCAGGAUGAAGGGUGAAAUCUCCAUGGUGGAUGAGCCGAGGCGAGUCAUAGUUCAAGCGGUUCACGAACUCUUUGAUCAGGAGGUGACGACGUACUGGGAAGAGGAAGCCACUCGAACCUGCACCGUAGUCUUUAUUGGGAGGAACCUGGACCGCGAGGUUCUCGAGAACACGUUGCGGCAGUUGGUGCGGGAAGCGCCCACUAUGGGAGCACCGUCGUCGGCGCCUAUGGCGCCCUCUGUGGCCAGCCCACUUACCUCUUGACCACCUUCUGGUAGCUCCCCUUUUUGCUACUUAUCCCGUCACACCUGCCGUCUACAAUCGAGGGCAGUUUAAAAACAAAAGACACGUCGCACACGAGACAGUGCAAUAUAGAUUACCGCACUAAAAACCAAUUUGGGUUCCGUCAACCAACAAUGUUUGAAUGACGACCAGUUUGUCGACCACUUGUCGAAUUUGCCCUGGUGAACUUCGCACAACAUAAUAUAUGGGCACCAGGCAAAAUCGACGCGUGGUCAACAAAAUGGUCGUCGCUCGAACUUACCCAACUUUGCGAUCUCCAUGUACACCAAAAUUGGUAUGGAUCGUAAAAUUAGGUGCGCAUUGUGUGUCUGAGACCAUUUUUAUCGAGCGUGCACUGGUAAAAAGCAAAGGUGAUCUCUUCAUACGUCAAUUUGUCAUCGUUAGUAUUUAUAAAGAUAUAAUGUUACCACUUCUGUCAUUACCUAGUGUUGGUUUGAGCCGUUUUUCUUUGUCCUUUGUUUGAAUAUUAUCGGAAUACACUCCUUUGCCUGCCUGAGACGCCCAGUGAUGACCUAUGUCGGAAAUGGCGUAUGUCGGCAAAACAUACGCUGCACUCAUAACCACCACGGCGUCCUGUGGUUUUCAUUAAAUUGUCGAGUCUCGUCCUUGCAUUCGAGAAGAAACGAA